AUGCACAGCAAGGUUGUCAUCAUUGGCUCUGGGCCUGCUGCCCACACCGCAGCCGUCUACCUGGCGCGCGCUGAGCUGAAGCCCGUCCUCUACGAGGGCUUCAUGGCUAACGGCAUUGCCGCCGGCGGCCAGCUCACCACCACGACCGAUGUCGAGAACUUCCCCGGUUUCCCCAAGGGCAUCAUGGGCGGCGAGCUCAUGGAGAACAUGAAGGCGCAGUCCGCCCGCUUCGGCACCGAGAUCAUCACCGACACCGUUUCCAAGCUCGACCUCUCCUCUCGCCCCUUCAAGUACUCGACCGAGUUCUCCCCCGAUGAGACCCACACCGCCGACGCCAUCAUCCUGGCCACCGGUGCCUCCGCCAAGCGCCUCAACCUUCCCGGCGAAGAGAAGUACUGGCAGAACGGCGUCUCCGCCUGCGCCGUGUGCGACGGUGCCGUACCCAUCUUCCGCAACAAGCACCUUGUCGUCAUCGGUGGUGGUGACUCGGCCGCCGAGGAGGCCCUGUACCUCACCAAGUACGGCAGCCACGUCACCGUCCUUGUCCGCCGCGACGUCCUCCGCGCCUCCCAGAUCAUGGCCAAGCGCCUGCUGAGCAACGACAAGGUCACCGUGCGGUGGAACUCGGUCGGCAAGGAGAUCAAGGGCGGCGCCGACGGCCUCAUGAGCCACCUCGUUGUCCAAGACACCGUGACCGGCAAGGAGGAGACGCUCGAGGCCAACGGCCUGUUUUACGCCAUCGGCCACGAGCCCGCGACGACGCUCGUCAAGGGCCAGCUCGAGACCGACUCCGAGGGCUACGUCGUCACCAAGCCCGGUACUCCCCUGACCAACAUCGAGGGUGUCUUCGCCGCCGGUGACGUUCAGGACAAGAGAUACAGACAGGCCAUCACCAGCGCCGGCACCGGCUGCAUGGCCGCCAUGGACGCGGAGAAGUACCUUGCCGAGCUCGAGGAUGGCGAUGCCAAGGACCCCAACAACAACCCUCAGUGA